AUGUAUGUGCGAUUUCGGGGCCCGGGGUUGUGCGUUUACCUCAACAACUUGUUUUUCUUUCUUUUGGAGAGAAAAACAAGCAGCGUCUUCCUCUCUGGCACCAUCGAGGAACGGAGGGCGUCUACGCCCUUUUCGGAGCCCUGCUCCACCUGCCUCCGCAUCCUCGUCGGCCCCGCCCACUUUGGUGGCCGCACACACCAGCUCCAGCUUCACGCCGUGUCGCUCGCGCUAGCUGAGCGGGGCCAUGCGGUCACGUACGCCACGGCGCAGGAGACGGAACAGCAGCUGGCGCCGCUGCUCGGCCGCGUGCGUAUCGUCGGGGCGGCUGAGGAGUGCUGGCCGCUGCGGCUCGACCUGGAGCUGGCGCUCCGCGCUGCACGCGGCGAGCCCGAGGCGCAGGUGCGCGCCGACCUCCUGGACGCCGCCUGCGACGCCGCCGAGCGCUUCUUUUGCGACGAGCGGAUUCGAAGCCUGGCCGACGAGCACUUUGACGUGGCGGUAGUCGAUGUUGGCGCUCUCAGCGGCCACCUGCUCGCCGACGCGCUGCACCCGUCGCCGCAGGCGCUCCGCGCGUCGGUGGGGGCGCCUCCAAAGCAGGAGUGCAGCAAGUGCCACGUCCUCACCGUCGUCGGCCACAGCGCCGCCUUUGUGCCGCCCGACGCGCGCGCAAGCCUGCCGCUGGGCGCAGAGAGCUGCUGCGGCUCGGUGCUGGCGUCGCAGCCGGCGGAGCCGCUGCCGCCGCCCCUCGCGGAGUGGGCCGACGCGGCGGGGAGCGGCGGCUUUGUCGUCGUCUCGCUCGGCUCGUGGGCCGACGGCGCGUGCACGGCGCUCGGCAAGGACGGCGCCGUGCGAGACGCGCUGGCCUCGCUCGGGCUGCCCGCGAUCUGGAAGACCACUUUUUCCUCCUCCUCCGGGGCGCCGAAUGUGCGCACCGCGCCGUGGCUGCCGCAGCGCGCGCUGCUGGCGCACCGUUGCUGCCGCCUCCUCGUGUGCCACGGCGGCGCCAACUCCAUCUCCGAGGCUUGCGGCAGCGGGGUGCCGGUGGUCGCGCUGCACGUCGCCUGGGACCAGCCGCAAAACGCGGCGAGGGUCGCGGCGCUCCGACUCGGGGCCGCGCUGCCGCUGUCCGAGUGCACCGCCGCGUCGCUGCUCGCCGCCAUGCGCGGCGUGCUCGACGACCCGGAGACGCCGCGCCGCGCCGCGGAGAUGGCAGACGCGAUGGCGAGGCGCGACUCGGGUGCCCAAGGCGCGGCGAGACUGGUGGAGCGCGCAGUGCGGAUGGCGGAGAGCAGGUGA